UUCUUCUUUGGAAACGAUGGGGCAGUGCCGCUGAUUGCAGCUGAUCGCGCUGCCAGACUGUUUUCAAGUAAUAUAUAAGGAAACACAAAAUGUGUGCGGCCCUCUUACGAAGUAUUAAAUGGGUUCAUUUGCGGCCAACAUCAGCUAAGCCGAGUUUCCAGCGCUUGCACACCAGCAGUUGGCUCCGCAAGUGGCGGAAUGUCUCCUCCGGCGAAGUGGAAAGGAAGCUCCUCUUUGGCGACAGGCUUCCGGAUAGCUAUAAGCUCAUCUACCGGGCCCCUAUCGAGAGCUACGUGACCUGGACGAAGAACAUAUCCACUGCCACGACCACUAUCCUGGCCGCGGUGGCCGCCUAUCACUAUGCCACCACCAAGAACUACCUAAAUAUGGUCCAGACAAUGGACAUAGCGAUUCUGGUGUCCCAGGAAUCAGAUCUGUACUACUUCGUGGGUGGAUUUCUGCUAAUAAACCUGGCGAUUCGGACUUUUGUCGCCAAAUAUCCCCUGAGAAUAUACAAGAGCACGGAGAAAUACGUUGCUGUAUACGGGUCCCAACUCCCAGUGGGAACUGUGAAACACUAUUUCGAACGAGGUCAAAUAGCUGAAUACAAAAACAUACUAAAUCCCUGGAGCCACAUUAUGUACAAACUCGGCACCCGCUCCUCCAUGCUUCUGGUGGAUUACUUCAAGACGCCCUCGGAGUUCCACCAACUAUUCGAGACCAAGCCAGAAACGUAGGCUUUUUAUAUUGUUUAUAACUGUGUAAAAUAAAAUGGGAAAAACGUUCCUUUUGUUGAAAUA